GUACCAGACUGUAGACCUGGGGGGGAUGAGGACAGACCCACAAGAGCAGCUCUUCAGUAAACUGUGUGUGGAGGUGUGUGAUGGAGGGGAGUCUCAGCAUCGGAUGAGAUUAGCGGAGCUACAGAGGCAGUACAAGGACAGACAGAGACAACUGGACCGGCUGCAGAGGCGCUCUGACACCCAAGAGGUUCAGCAGCAGGAGGAGGAGAGGCGGAGUCUAACCAGACGUGGGCGGGGCCGACCUAGGAAGAGGAAACGUGUAGCGACGCCCCCUGGCAAGAUGGAGUCCCGGACAGGGAAGUAAGUGGAACGACUGCUGUUAUGAGCCUUCACAAACCUUUGGCUUUUGUUGUGUCACAACCGGAAUUUAACAUUAAAGUUGAAAUGUUGUGUCACUGGUCUACA